AAUCGCUUUAAUUUGAAGCAAGAAGAGCAACAAUGGAGAUCACCGCUAUCAUAUUCCUCAUCAUCUCCUCUCUCACAUUCGCCAUCUUCCUUAAACUCUUCUUCUUCUCCUCAACUCACAAACUCCCACCGGGACCACCUCGUUUUCCGGUCAUCGGCAACAUCAUCUGGCUCAAGAAAAACAGCUUCUCCGAUUUCCAAGGUGUUCUCCGUGACUUAGCAUCCCGUCACGGACCAAUCAUAACCCUCCACGUAGGCUCAAAACCUUCUAUCUGGGUCACAGACAGCUCACUCGCUCACCAAGCCCUCGUCCAAAACGGUGCCGUUUUCUCCGACCGUUCUCUCGCUCUCCCUACCACCAAAGUCAUCACCAGCAACCAACACGACAUCCACUCCUCCGUCUACGGCUCUCUCUGGAGAACCCUCCGCCGCAACCUCACCUCCGAAAUCCUCCAACCAUCGCGCGUGAAAGCUCACGCGCCGUCGAGGAAAUGGUCUCUCGAGAUCCUCGUGGAUCUGUUCGAAACAGAGCAGAGAGAGAAAGGACAUGUCUCCGAUGCUUUAGAUCAUCUCCGUCACGCCAUGUUUUAUUUAUUGGCUCUGAUGUGUUUCGGAGAGAAACUGAGAAGAGAAGAGAUACGAGAGAUCGAAGAAGCUCAGUACCAAAUGCUCAUAAGCUACACCAAGUUCAGCGUCCUCAACAUCUUCCCAAGCGUAACCAAGUUCUUGCUCCGGCGAAAAUGGAAAGAGUUCUUAGAACUAAGGAAAUCUCAAGAGAACGUUAUACUCCGAUACGUGAACGCAAGGAGCAAAGAAACCACCGGAGAUGUUCUCUGUUACGUCGAUACGCUACUGAACCUAGAGAUUCCGACAGAGGAGGAUAAAGAAGGAGGGAAGAAGAGGAAACUUAGUGAAUCGGAGAUCGUGAGUCUCUGUUCGGAGUUUCUUAAUGCAGCUACGGAUCCAACGGCGACGUCGAUGCAGUGGAUCAUGGCGAUCAUGGUGAAGUAUCCAGAGAUACAGAGGAAAGUAUACGAUGAAAUGAAGAGUGUGUUGGCCGGAGAAGAAGAAGAAAGGGAAGAGAUCAGAGAAGAGGAUUUGGGGAAGUUGAGUUACCUCAAAGCUGUGAUCUUGGAGUGUUUAAGAAGACACCCUCCUGGUCAUUACUUGUCUUACCAUAAGGUCACGCACGACACCGUUUUGGGUGGAUUCCUUGUUCCACGACAAGGUACUAUAAACUUCAUGGUAGGAGAAAUGGGCCGGGACCCAAAAGUAUGGGAAGAUCCUCUAACGUUCAAGCCAGAAAGAUUUCUAGAGAACGGAGAAGCCUAUGAUUUCGAUAUGACGGGAACUCGCGAGAUCAAGAUGAUGCCGUUUGGAGCGGGACGAAGGAUGUGUCCCGGUUACGCCCUUUCGUUGCUUCACCUCGAAUAUUAUGUGGCCAAUUUGGUUUGGAAAUUCGAGUGGAAAUGUGUGGAAGGUGAAGAAGUUGAUCUAUCCGAGAAGCAACAAUUCAUCACAAUGGUCAUGAAAAACCCUUUCAAGGCAAAUAUUUAUCCAAGGAGAAAGUGAUAUUUGCUUUUGUUAUAUCAUCAUCGAAAAAGCCCAAUGGGCUUAUUUGUCGUAUGUAUAUUAAAAACUUUGUCUCAUA